UUUGUAGCUUUGCUUUGUUUUAAACUGGGGCUGCGCUGGUAACUUGAAGCUCGGUUCAAUGCCAGGGAUUGGGACUGAGGAGUCCGGCGGGCGUAAAGAUCAACAAAGGGCCCUUGUCAGGGUUCUGGAGAAACAGCGGGCAAUACCUGUAAGCGAGCUCCCGGGGGGAAAAAAGUUUUCCUUGGCAGAGCCGAGUGGCUCAGGGAGGAGGAGACCCGGGUCAAGAAGAAAAACUAAAGGCAAGGCACCGCUUCCUCCAGCAGAGGCUAAAUGCGUUGAAGGUCCUUCAUAUGAGCCAGUAGAAUCCUCUAAUUUCAUCAUGGAACAGAAAGAAAACAUGAUUGACAAAGACAUUGAGCUCUCUGUGGUUCUUCCAGGGGAUGUGAUCAAAUCCACUACUGUUCAUGGCAGCAAACCCAUGAUGGAUUUGCUAAUAUAUCUUUGUGCACAAUACCAUUUAAACCCAUCAAGCUAUACAAUUGACCUGCUAUCCGCAGAAAAAACUCCAAUUAAGUUUAAACCCAACACACCAAUUGGAAUGCUGGAAGUGGAGAAGGUCAUUCUAAAAGCAAAAAAUCUGGAUAAGAAGAAGCCUACACCAGUGAUACCAGAGCAAACUGUACGAGUAGUGAUAAACUACAAAAAAACACAGAAGACAGUUGUGAGAGUUAGUCCACAUGCAUCCCUUCGAGAACUCACCCCUAUUAUCUGUAGUAAAUGUGAGUUUGACCCUUUGCACACCAUAUUGUUGAAGGACUACCAAUCUCAGGAGCCUCUUGACCUGGCUAAGUCCUUUAAUGACCUUGGACUACGAGAACUCUAUGCAAUGGAUGUUAGCAGAGCUCCUUCUGUUACUGACUUCAGUUUAUCAUCUUUACAAGACUCCUGCCAAAUAUCUCCCAACCUAGACAUUAUGAAGGAAAAAGAAAAUAAAAAGUUUUUCAGCUUUUUUCAACGCAGCAAGAAAAGAAGAGAGCAAACUUCAAGUGCUCCAGCAACUCCAUUGAUAAGUAAACCUCGGCCAACUUUUACAAGAUCAAAUACCAUUUCUAAACCAUAUAUUUCAAAUACAUUGCCGUCUGAUGUGCCAAAAAAGAGGAGAGCUCCCUUACCUCCAAUGCCAACCUCUCAGAGUUGCCCACAGGAUCUUGUACAUACUCAGACAAGACCAGCUUCCUGUGUAGUGAAAUCCAUUAGUGUGGAUGAAACAAAUAAGGACCAUUCUGGAACAAGCAUAGUGAGGACAGGAUCUCUGCAGCUCAGCAAUACAUCCUCAGCUAAUUCAUCUUUGAGGAGGACAAAGCGCAAAGCACCCUCUCCACCUUCUAAAUUACCUCCAGAUCAAAGUUAUGAGACCAGUAAUGUGACAGCACCAAAAUCAGUAGAAGCAAUUCCAGGAGAAAGUAUUGCAGAAGCAAAUCCUCCCGAUGUGCCACCUGAUUCAGCUGGAAUUAUCUCUGAGUUCAGCCUUGAAGGAAUAGAUGAAAAAGAAGAAUUGAAUGUUCUCCAUAAGGAAGAGAGUGAAAGUGUUUCUUCAAAGUCACAAGAAAAUUCUUUUAUAUCUAUGGAUGUAACAAAGAAUGAAAAAGAAGAUACUACAUCAGAAUUUGGCAUUGUUACUAGAGAGUGCCCAGAAAGCUCUAAGGAAGAAAAACAAGAAAAUAGAAACACAGAUGGAAAAGAAUUACAGAAUGGUACAAGUAGUAAAGAAGCAGUAACUGAAAAUGGAAGAAACUCCAAAAUACUAGAUCAAAAUAAGAAAAAUGAUCAAAAUGACAUGAUGCUCCUUCCAAUGGACUCAAAUGAAGCAGUAAAAAAUGGAGUGAGGACGGUAGAAAUUGGUGUAGCUGAUGUUACUGAAAAUAACAAGCUUGAAACUGACAGACUAUCAGAUCCUCAGGCAUAUAAAAAUGACGUUUCUGUAGGUAACAAGGAAAAUCCUCAAUCACUUUUACCAGUUCAAGAUCAGAAGCUGAGUCAAUCUAACCUGGAAAAGGUAAAAACUCAGGAUGCAGCAAUUCAGACAGCUCAGUCCCAUAACAAUUUGGAUAAUAAUAUGCUAAAUGAAACAGCUGUUCACCUGGAUCAUAAUAUGUCAAACUUCAGAGGCAAUGAAAACAUAGAGUUUUCAAAUAACAGUAAAUCAUCUCAAAAGCCAUCUUUCAAAUCGCAGGGUUCUAUAGAUCCCUCAAGAGAACUCAAGAACCAAAGAUCACUAAAUGGGCAAGAAGAUAUACUGAAUCUCAAAGAUGUAAGUCCUACAUGUGGCAAUGAUGAUCCAUUUGUUCCAGUAGAUGGAACUGAUAAAACUCUAUCCAAUUCCUCUACAAAGAGUUAUCCCCUUUAUAAACCUGAUCACAAAACAAAACCAAAGCCAUCUAAUGAAAUUACGAGAGAUUAUAUACCCAAAAUUGGAAUGACGACUUAUAAAAUAGUACCUCCUCGGUCCCUGGACAUACUGAAGGAUUGUGAAUCAGAAACUACACGGUACAGUAAAAAUGAUCAGGAGAUGCAUAUUUCAGAAAAUUGUAAGCCGCGUGAACAGCUGAAGGAAUCUGCUAUCCAAACUGAUGAUAUUAUUUCUGAAGGCACAAGGGAGAUACAGGCUGACAUGAACUAUGAACCCAAACUGGGAAUGGAGCAUCAUAUCCGAAAUGAAAUAAGUAUUACUGAUGGGACUGUAUCUUCUACAAAACCGGCCUCCGUAGUAAAUAAAGACAAUGGUGCAACUCCAUUGGUGCUGAAUUUAGAACACCUAAAUAGUAUUAUGGAACCAAAAGGAAGAUCUAAUGUGAUAAGUCCCCAGACGAAACCUAGUUCUUUUUUCCUACAGAUGCAGAAAAGGGCCUCAGGUCAUUAUGUUACAUCUGCAGCUGCCAAAAGUGUCAAUGCUGCUACAAGUUCUGCUCAAAAUGAACUGAAGCAUAAAGAGGUUGAAAGGAAGUUAUCAUCUCCCCAAGAGGAAACACUUUCUCCUUCAAAUAAAACAAUUAACUCCCUUUCUGAAUUGCAUGACAAACAAACUGAUCAUGACAUCAGCCAGAGACACGUAGAAAUCCCAACUUUUCCUACUAAACCCUCCAAACCGGUGAACCUUCCCUCUACUCAGCCAUCAGCAUUCAGCCUAAAAGCCUUGAGGACUUUUGGUGCACCACGGCCGUACACAAGUUCUACUCCUUCUCCUUUUGCACUUGCUGUAGUCAAAAGAUCACAGUCUUUCACUAAAACAUGUACUGUCCCCAGGCAGUCAUCCAGAGAGGAACCAUCUUCUGGACCACCUUCAUCAGCUUCCAAAGAGGAGGAGGGAAAAAAUAACCCAUUAGAUAAGUUAGUGGGAGUUCUACAGUCUGACAAGGAACCGAGCUGUGUACACAAUGAACAGAAAUGCCAGAUACAGUCAUCAACUGACCGCCCAUCAUUCACCCUUAAGAAACAAACUUCUUUAACAUUCCAAAGUGCUGACCCAGAACAGAUUCGACAAAGUUUGCUGACCGCAAUUCGCUCUGGAGAGGCUGCUGCCAAAUUGAAAAGGGUUACUGUUCCAUCCAAUACCAUAUCUGUAAAUGGAAGACCAAGACUCAGCUGUUCAUUGUCCACAGAAACACAGUCUGACCAUUAGAGAUGUUACACCAGCUAUUUUGCACUUUACCACCACCUCUUAUAUAGGCCAACAUAAUACUAAUUGAGAUUUAUUGCAAAUGUAAAUUCAGGUGUAUGUUAAUAUAUAUUGUUUAUUAAAACGUGUGAGUUUUGUGUGAUGGCUGUUCAUGCCAAGAGAAGAAUUAUUGGAAUAUGUAAUUUUAGUGAUAUUUUUGUGUGUAUGCCUUAAAAACUGAAUAUGCUGCUCUAGGACUUUUAAGAUGAAGUGCAGAUGAGUUUCAGUUUUUGAAAUGAAAAAUAAUCACAUUUUGUUGAUUUUGUUGAAUUAUUUGUAGAAACAUACUGAACAAUGGUGAUUUAGACAAAAGGAUAAGUUUUUAAUAUAUAAUAUAUGAGUUAAUAAAUGUCUGCCAUAUGCUGCCUUGAUGUUACUGUUAAAUUAAAAACUUGUAAUAAGCGUACAUUCCAAACUUUGCAUUCUACAGAAAGAACUAACUAAAAAUACUAGUGAUAACAAAUGACUGUCUUCAGUUGAACAUUGGUUUUAAUUGUUGAAUCAUUUUAUACUCAAGAUUCUUCCUCUUGUACUUUUUUUUUCCCAUGGGAACAAUGAAAAAUCAGAUUCUACAUGUUGGGAUCCUCUUAGUAUUUUAAUAUUAUAGUAAGUCUCUGCUUUUAGUCUUUAACCUUUGAAAUGCACAAAAGAAAUUUUUAUUAUAAAUGUUUUUCUGUAUAUAAUUCUUAUAGUAUCAGGGCACAGACGAAUCUUACACACAUACCUGUUUCUUGUACCAGAGGCCUUAAAAUAUCCUUUGUCAAAAUAUUGAUUCAUAGUAAUAGUUAUUUUCUUUUCAAUGUAUGGGGCCCAAAAAAGUUUAGAAUAUGUCUAGAUUAAAUACCAGUUGGCCUAUUUUAAUUAUAGUAAUGUGAUGUAAUAGUAAGACAUUAUGAAGCUUAUUUAAGAUUGAGAUACUAUUAUUCUAAAUAUUAAAAAUGAGUAAUUUAAUGUUGGAACACUUAAAGAGGUGCCUAAUUGGUAGGGGUUGGGGGGUAUACCUGAUUGUUAGGCUUACAGUUUUUAUGUGAUACUUGUUUGUCCACAGAAGGAAUUAAAUUGUUCACUUAUCAUAGCUUUUGGUCAGGCAAAAUGAUUGUGAAUUCUGGUAGAUUUCUACUGCUCCUGGUGAGAUAUUUGCCAGUUUUGAAAGUAUGUUGAUUCUUUUCCAGUUAAAUAAAAAUUAUCUUAUUUA